GACAACUAUUCCCUUUGGAGAAAAAGGAAAAAAGAUGAAACUAAGUUAGUUGGUAGAGAGGAUUUUGCAUCUCUUGGUUGAGUAGUUUCAAGAGACCAGUGAGGAGAGCCUGGCAGCUGUUGCAGGGAUGUUUAGUAGCAAAGCUAAAGGGAUUGAGUGGAGCCUUGAUAAUGAUGCGUCCAAUGCUGCGGUCUUGGUUGCUAGUGAGGCCCAUGCAAUAACUUUAGCAAUUGAAGGUUUGUUGGGUGUUGUCUUUACUGUAGCUACAUUGACAGAUGAAGCAGUUGAUGCAGGGGAGCUUGAAUCCCCUAGAUGUGACUAUGAUCCUUUGCCUAAGUGCACCGGGAAGACUGCAGUUCUUUGCAUCUCAAUGGUUGAUUCUUUGUGGUUGACCAUACUUGAUGCUUUGUCUCUUAUUUUGUCAAGGUCACAAGGAGAGGCUAUUAUACUGGAGAUAUUGAAGGGAUAUCAGGCAUUCACUCAGGUGAACUAA